AAAGUCCACGUCUACGGCGUUCCGGUUUCGCUGCAGUUCCUCGCUUCGGUCUGAAGGGGGCGGAAGUGCGUGUCACUUCCUGAUCCGGGGAGGGGAAACGCGUGCGCUUGUUUAUCCUCGGUUUUUAUUACGAGCUGCUAAUUACAGAGUUUUCAGACUGCGUCCCUGGAGGCUCCUACGCUGGCUUUCUUGAACUCGACAUGUUCUGCGACUCUAUAGAGUUGUAACCAGAGGCUCUCAGAAGGACGGACUAGAGUUUGGACGUUCUGAACGCCCCUGACGCGGAAAACGCUCUUAUUUCCUCGAAGGCCGGGGGUUCAAGCCAUGUCGGACGGACGCAUCUACGUGGGGAACCUCCCCAUGGACGUCCAGGAGAGGGACAUUGAGGAUCUCUUCUACAAAUACGGAAAAAUUCGGGAUAUUGAGCUGAAGAACAACAGAGGCACCAUCCCGUUUGCCUUCGUGCGGUUUGAGGACCCACGGGAUGCGGAGGACGCCGUCUUUGGAAGGAACGGAUAUGGAUUUGGAGACUGUAAGCUGCGUGUGGAAUAUCCACGUUCUUCCGGAUCCAAAUUUAGCGGACCGGCGGGAGGAGGGCCCCGGGGACGAUUCGGGCCCCCGACGCGCAGAUCUGAGUUUCGCGUUAUUGUGACGGGUCUUCCUCCCACCGGCAGCUGGCAGGAUCUGAAGGACCACAUGCGGGAGGCUGGAGACGUGUGCUUCGCCGACGUGCAGCGUGACGGCGAGGGAGUCGUCGAGUUCCUCCGGCGCGAGGACAUGGAGUACGCCCUGAGACGCCUGGACGGCACGGAGUUCAGAUCACACCAGGGAGAGACGUCCUACAUCAGAGUGAUGGAGGAGCGAGGCACAAGCUGGGGUCGCUCGCGCUCCCGCUCCAGGUCUCGAGGGCGAUACUCGCCUCCGUACCAGAGCAGAGGGUCGCCGCCGCCCCGCUACCGAUCGCCCCCGCGUCACAUGACCCGCCACAGCCCGCCCUCCCGCCGAGCCCCGCUCCAGCACAGCCCUCCGCCGCGUCACUAUCGAUGAGCGGCCCGCUCCGCCGACACGCCCCCUUUUUCUUUCUCAGUUUUGUAAUUUACAUUCCAUUGUAGGAACCCGAAUGGCCUUAUUCACCGUUCAGUUCACGGAGAGCUCGCGAGUAUGUUAGCGUUCACGAGGAGGCCGCUGCGUGCGUUUACGGUUAGGAUUGUGAGCGAUCUGAAGAUGAAUAACCGUUUCGUGAUUAUUGACGCGAGGCAACAGACUAAAGAUGUUGUUUGUGAUUAAUCUGGUCCAUUUCAUAGACAUUGACCGUUUUAUUAUUUUUUUUAUAAUUUGAAUAAAAGGCUGAAGUUUUAAAAAAAAUUAUUUUUUUUGAAUCUCCCCAUGUGAUUUUUUUUUUUUUUUUUUUCUUUCUCGUUUUGUAUCAUGUGAUGAUUGUAUGCUUCUUCUUUUUUUUUUCUCUCUUUUUUUUCCAAUUAAAGCAUCGAAUCAGUUA